CUGCAGACGUGUGGUUGAAAGGAGGCAGCUGGUGGCGGGAGCUUGCAUGUACUGGAUACAUCAUACAUAUUAAGACAAAGGUUAGCAGCGAACUGAGCAAGGUACUGAACUGAUGGGUCGCUUGCAUUUCAGAACACUUUCAGGCCACGUUACUGGAUGAACUGAUACUGUAGGGCAAGGGUUUCUCAUUUGUGCAUACUGUGUGUAAAAUUAAAACGAGAAAAAAAAGACUACAGAUCGCGCCCGGAUAUCUCUCCAGUCGCUCAACUGCUGUGAAUAAAAGUGAGCGGAAAGCUUGGCUCACUGAGAGAAGGGUUAGUGCCCAAAACUAAAUGGAUCUGAACUGGAAUGAUUCGUACCGUUGGUUCGUACAGUACGCCGGAGUGUCAAAGUGCUGAAUCUACUUAAUGAAACAAAGCUGUUCAUAUUUGAUGUGGUAAAGGAAGCGGAGCCGCAAUGAUUUCUCCAGCCUUGUACUUCGUCCUGCCCAUAAUAGAUGCGGUAGUUCAGACUGCAGGUGUGAAUCCUCUCCCUGCCCUUACCCGCGUUGACUGCGUGAAGGCCAAUGAAUUGUGUACCAGUGACUCGGCCUGCAGCAGCAAGUAUCGAACCCUUAGGCAAUGCCUGGCCGGGAGCUCCAGCAUGGUCACCGGACCAGAAGCCAAGAACGAGUGCAUCAGCGCUAUGGAAGCAGUCCAGCAGAGUCCGUUGUACAACUGCAGGUGUAAGCGGGGCAUGAAGAACGAGAAGCGAUGUCUCCGAAUAUACUGGAGCAUUCACCAAAGUUUCAUGCAUGGGUUUACAAUCACAGGUCAUGAUCUGGUCGGUUCUCCCUAUGAGCCACUGAACAACAGACUCUCAGACAUAUUCCGAGCAGCGUCCAUCAUUUCAGGUGCAGAACGCAUAGGUCCAAAGGGAAACAGUUGUUUGGAUGGUGCUAAAGCUUGCAACCUGAAUGAUAACUGCAAAAAAUUCCGAUCGAUGUACAUCUCGCCCUGCACAGCCCGUGUUUCUGCAUCAGAGAUCUGCAACCGGAGAAAGUGCCACAGAGCCCUGCGACAAUUCUUUGACCGUGUUCCUGCAAAAUACACCUAUGGCAUGCUGUUCUGUUCCUGUCGGGAUAUGGCUUGCAUAGAACGACGACGACAGAUGAUUGUGCCUAUUUGCUCUUACCAGGAUGAUGAAAAGCCAAAUUGCUUGUCUUUGGCUGAUAUGUGCAAGACAAAUUACAUCUGCAGGUCACGGCUUGCAGAUUUCAUUACAAACUGUCAGCCGGAACCUCGUUCUGUAAGUGGCUGCUUAAAGCAGAACUAUGCAGCCUGUUUACUUGCUUACUCUGGACUCAUAGGAACUGUCAUCACCCCAAACUAUAUUGAUUCCACCGGCAUCAGUGUGGCGCCAUGGUGUACUUGCAAUGGAAGUGGGAACCAGAAGGAAGAGUGCGAUGAAUUCCACAAUUUUUUUAAGGACAACAGAUGUUUCAAAAAUGCUAUACAAGCAUUUGGUAAUGGCACCGAUGUGAAUGUUUGGCAAUUAAUGCCUCCUGUACUGACAACAGUAUCAUCGAAACAGAACUACACACCACAGCAUAAUUCUGAGUCAGUGAGCUACGGCAAUGAAAUUCACUCAGCAGAUGAUGACAGUGUCUUUCCUUUGUGUGCAAAUUUACAGGCACAGAGAUUACAAUCCAAUGUAUCAGUGAACCCAGACCUUUGUAUUACAGAGACACAGAUCUCCACUUCAAAUGAGAAGAAAUUUGCUCCUGUGCAAUCCAAAGAACAGACAUCUCCAGAGACUUCAUCUGCCGACAUUCCAGAAAUUCACAUCAGCAUAGUGGUGUGGAUGGUCACCAUUGUACAGUCAACGCUCCCUUGUGUCUACUCAACAGAAACAUUGUAGUUGCAUAAAAGGACCUGUAUAAAAUCUAUUCUCUGUUCAUUUUAUUUUUCAGAAGGUCAAACUCUACUAUGUGGAGGCACCUUGUUGAAACAGAUUCAUUGU